AUGUAUCGACACUCCUUUCAAAUGUUUCGGGCUGCAAGCGCAAGGUUCUCAUCACAAGGCAGCGGACAGAUCCAGCUGUGGCAGUUUCUGCUGGAGCUCCUCUCGGACAGCAGCAACGCCAACUGCAUCACCUGGGAGGGACAGAACGGCGAGUUCAAGCUCAUCGACCCGGACGAAGUGGCCCGGCGCUGGGGCGAGCGAAAGAGCAAGCCCAACAUGAACUACGACAAGCUGAGCCGCGCGCUUCGCUACUACUACGACAAGAACAUCAUGACCAAAGUGCACGGCAAGCGGUACGCCUACAAGUUCGACUUCCACGGCCUGACGCAGGCCCAGCAGGCGCCCACCCCGGAGUCGUCGGCCGCAUACCGGCUGCAGACCGAGUUGUUACUGCCCCACUACCGGAGUAACUACAUCGGCGCCCACCAGCCAGCGCCAAUGGGGCUGCCCCCUUCGGCCGCGGCCGCAGCUGCUGCUGUGCGUAGUCCUUACUGGACGCCCAGUGCCACAGGAGCCUGCAACCUGUACCCAAACCUGUCGGGACACUCUCUCACGCACGCUGGACACAGAGCCAACGGCCUGAGUCACUACUACACAUGACUCUGGGGCGGAAACCAUAGCGGCGACCACUUGGGUUUACCUCAUCAUUGAGACUGCACGUCGUGAACUGCGAUUUUUUUUGUGUGUGUGAAAUACUUGAAGCACGAACAGAAUGGACACAUUGAACGCCUCAGAAUUCGCAAGAAACACUCACAUCAGCCUGUGUUGUUAUUUAGAACUGUGCCCGAGGAAGAGUUUUUGUGAGUGAUGCGUCGGAACUCCGAACGUUGUUUGAGUUUGCGCUUUGCGACAAAUCCGCGAUAAGUGUCUCGACAAGUGUAAGUGGAACAUUGUGUGAGAGAAAGCGGCGCUUGUUGCGCUGGCUCUCUGGCGGGGUUACUUUCUUCUACAAGCAGGAAAGGAAACCCAAGCUUGUGAUCUGUCGCUAGGGCUGUUUUUCACUGAAGCGCACAGUGGACAAAGUACAAGUACCGGAAUGGCUAUGCCCGUGCAAGAGUUCCGGGAGCCUGCUGCUGGCAUAUGAAGGCCUUGAUAUAACUUUUGUUUUGUGAUGCCAUUAAAGAAAGAUGCCACAAUAAGGCUCAAGUUCUGAGCCAAUCAA